CUAUGGUGUAAGGUUUUAAACACAGAUGGUGAGCAUGUGGCAAUAGGCACACUUCAGCCCCCGUAACUUUGAUUUUACCAACUGAAUGCAAAUCUGUUAGGUUAUUUACACACAGAGAUCCUAUAAAAUGCCAAGAAGAACCAGAAUUCUUCGCAGGAUUGGACUGUUUGUCAGGCAUAGUUCAUCUAAGAAAUGAAGGAAGAGACUUAGGUGGAAGUAAGUCGUUUCGUCUCUCAUUGGCUUGUGACUGUCACUUACUCAUCAUAUAAACCCAAGAUGCCAUCCCUGAUGAGAACAUAGAAGAUAGUAGAGACUCCACGAAGACAGAGCCCAAAAUCACACCAUGCCAAACUACAAACUCAUUUAUUUUAAUAUGAGGGGGAGAGCGGAAAUUAUCCGUUACAUAUUUGCUUAUUUGGACAUAAAAUAUGAAGACCACAGAAUAGAACAAGCUGAUUGGCCUGAAGUCAAAUCAACUCUUCCAUUUGGUAAAAUCCCCAUUUUGGAAGUCGAUGGAUUUAACCUUCACCAGAGUCUAGCCAUAGCACGAUACUUGGCCAAAAACACAGAUUUGGCUGGAAAAACAGAAUUGGAACAAUGUCAAGUUGACGCAAUUGUGGACACAUUGGAUGAUUUCAUGUCACGUUUUCCUUGGGCAGAGAAAAAACAAGAUAUAAAAAAUCAGAUGUUUAACGAGCUACUUACAUAUGAUGGACCUCAUCUGCUGCAAGACUUGGAUGCAUACUUAGGGGAAAAGGAGUGGCUUGUUGGUAACUCUGUAACUUGGGCAGAUUUCUACUGGGAAAUUUGCAGUACCACACUUUUGGUCUUUAAACCAGACUUGCUGGACAUCCAUCCCAGGUUGGUAACAUUACGGAAGAAAGUUCAAGCCAUUCCUGCCAUUUCUGACUGGAUACAACGAAGGCCGCAAACCAAACUCUAGGUGAUGCGAGCUACCUCUAAGCUUUAUUGUUCUUCGCAGCGUGGCUUCCAUCAGAUGAGAAGCUACAUCAGCCUGCCAUGUAAUCUACAUUCUCCCCUCCCCAGCCCCACCAAGUCUCUCAAUUUUGCCAUAUUCUGCUU